AUAGGUUAUAGUGCAAUAUCCUUGACCCAGGUGCCUAUGGGUGUAACUGACCAGCUGUGUCUAUAUGUACGUAGAAAUAAACAAUUGCGCGUUGAUUAUUAUGAAACACAACAUACGUUUAUGCGUAAUUUUUGACUCUAGGGUAUACUUCUCUAUUACCCCCUCCCCCCUGAAUAAUUCACAAUCCCAGAAUCAUCUGGUGCAAAUCUACAUAAAAUCAACUCCCACUAGUACUUUCAGUACUUUGAUUGGUCAUGUUCUUUACACGCGUCCCAUUAAUUUAGGUCGGGAUCGCUAUUACAGAAAAGGCCGAAAGGGAUUUCAAAACAGUUACUGAGUUAGCUUAGAUGUACGGGUAUUGUCCACACUAGUGGACCCCCUUCCAGAUAGCUGACUGGCUGCAUGCAUGGCAGAUCUCACCUCAAAUUUCCAAUUUUUCCGGUCGGCAGUAGAGAGCUUCCAUUCUCUUCAAUCUUUCUCCGUCAGCUCUCUCCAUGAUAGUAUUGGCCGACCAAUUCUACGUCUCCCAGGAACUUUUAUGUUUAGAGUGCACUUGACUACACUGCUGGAUCUGACAACAUGGCCAUACCAGCGGAGUCUCCUUUCCCUUAAGAUGAGGUCGAGGUCAUCGAUGCCAAGCUGCCCCAGCAAUUCAGUUGAACCUACAGUGGCCAUAUCUUCAGGCUUGAUGUUGCAGAUCUGUCUGAUCAUGGCCCUGUCAUUGCACUGUAGGCGAUGAAGAUUUGGCUUGGUCAGUGUCCAGAUCUCAAUGGCAUGGAGCUUAGUGCUCCAUACACAAGUGUUAUUCACUCAACCACUGGUCUAGUAUGACAGGUGGCGUGAUGUCAGGACCGGUAGCAGCUCCUUGAACUUCAUCCAAACUUUCUUCACAUACGUAGUGGUUGCAAGACCAGAGCCACCAGCUGCGGAAAGCAUGUCUCCUAGGUAGCAGAAGGAACCUACAACCUCCAACUUGUCCAGACCAACUUGGACAUCACUCUGUGGCCUGUCGUCAAGAGGGCAAGCUGUUCCCCUGCAUCUUGAGCAUCUAAAGUCAGGUCAACAAACAGGCAGAUGAGCCCACUGCAUUUCUUGUGCACCCAGUGCUUGCAGCCAUUACAGAAAAUACUAUUACUGCCUACACCUGUACGACAGACAGCACAUGGGAAGCUGUCUGAGUCCUGAAGUAGGUCAAGACCCAUACCACAGAUCAUAAUCUUGGUUUUGCCCACAUUCGCUCUCUGUCCUUUCCUUUCAAGUCAGUAGCCUCUUGACACAUUCAUCCAAUGAGUCAGUAAUGAUAACCAGGUCAUCUGCAUACAGGUCCUCCUAGGGAACACCGGUGCGAAAUUCGUGUGAAGAUCCUCGAGUAUGAUGAUGAAAAGCAGAGGGCUGAGUACUGACCCCUGAUGGACUCUGACCUUCACAGCAAACUCCUCACUGUAGCCAUCAUCAAAGCGAACACAACUACAAGCAUUGGAUGAGCUGCUGCCUGAGGAAGGAUGGAUGCGAUGAAUACAAUGGAAACUGAAGAAAGAGGAAACAUAGGAAUGCUGAUCUAAUUAAUGUCAACGGACUUGUAGUUCUUUGUGUACUCAGUUAUGGAUUUUUUCUUGUAAAGUUUGUACAAAGGAUAUUGUAUGCUAACUUAGUUACAGUUUUGCCAGAUCUAAAAUCAGGAUAAUGCUUAUACACCACCUAGUAUACAAAAGGGGUUCAAACAAUGAAUUCUACAGUUCUUUAAAAAAAAAUCAAUAUAGCAAUGUAGACAAUCAUGAAUGAUUAUGAAGGGGGGGGGGGUGUUCCGACCCCUGGAUCCCUCACCCCCUGGAUCCACCACUGUGUAUGCAACUGUAGCCUUGGCUAUAUUUAAACCUUAAGCAAUUCACAAUUCACAUCAUGAGUAUAGGUUUACGAAGAAGUGACAAUCUAAAUGUCCAGGGGAUCAAAGAACUAAAAAUGUACAUUUUGUUUCUCAUCAAUAACUUUAGAGAGAUUAAUUAGACUGUAGUUGGUCAUAUCUGUACAUUUGUUGGCUAUAUAUUGAAAAGCUUACAAAUCUGAGAUUGCCUUGGGUCAUGGGUUCAGAGGAUUGUAUUCUAAAAAUCAGUUAUGUAUUCUCCAUAAUAAAUUUAGAAGGGUUAAUGGAUGGAUUUGUGUAUAAAAACUUGUGUUGGAUUGUCUAUGGAGCCACAGGUUCAUAAUGACAAUGUUUAUUCUCAUAAACUGACAGUGCAGAGAUAGAUAAGGUUCUAUAAGUACAGAUAAAGUUGUAAUGACGUAACAUAGGAUAUGACCUUUGUUGCUGAAAAUGAAUUAUAUGGAUUACAUCAAUUUUCAGUGUAAACAACUGUUACCCUGCAGUGAACCCAUCUAUGCUAGCCAAGGGUUUACGAUCCGCUCCACUUAGAAGCGGAGCGGAUCAUAAAGCUUUGGCUAGUGAAGAUGCCGCGAACCUGACCUGACCUUUUAAAGCAUCUUGUUUUAAUUUUUCCCUCCUAUCAAUUGAUAAAGUAUAUUCACCAGUUUAAUAUAGGUGAAGUGCAACAAAGAGACCUGUACAUGUACUCGGGGCUGUAGCAGUAAGGGUCAGUUUUUGUUUUAACACCUGCUGUUUAGGGCCUCAUCAAAAGGACCUGUGACUCUCAACUGUAAAUGCUGAGCUUUUGGCGAAGGAGCAGUCUUCAUGUAUUUUUGUACCUUAAGUUGACACAGGUAAGUGAAUACCCAUAGGUUGACACAGGUAAGUGAAUACGCAUAGGUUGACAUAGUGAAGUGAAUACCCAUAGGUUUAAACAGUUAAGUGAAUAUCCAAUAACCAUUGAGUUACUCCGCCUCUUCUUUGUUCUGCUCAGGAUGUACAAAACAAAAUGAUCCAUUCCAGUGUGGUUAAGUAUAAUUCCAUUCCAGUGUGGUUAAGUAUAAUUCCAAUGGCAGUUACCUUAUGUAUGUAGUGGUCAGCUGGGUUUCAAUCGCUGGUAGCCAGAUAGCUCAGUUGGUAGAGCACCUGACCAGAGAUUCAAGGGACUCUGGUUCAAAUCCCAGUCUGCAUUUUCUCCCUUCCUGUUACAUUUGGUGCCUUGACUAACCCCUGGAACUGACAGGUGAAAAUGCCUGCCAGGGGAUAAAGAUCCUGGGUUGAUGUCUUCAAGUGUGAAGACAUUUAAGGGGGAGGAAUGUAGCAGUCAGCCGGGUUUGAUUUCCAGUGGCCAGAUAACUCAUUUGGUAGAGCACCUGACUAGAGAUUCAGGGGGCCUGGGUUUCAAUCCCAGUCUGGUCUGUUGCAUUUUCUCCCUUCCUGUUAAAUGUAUAACUCUAUAAUGACAGUUACCUUAUGUAUUCAACAGACUCUGUUUUCUACAGUAAGUCCUAACUUGUGGAAAACAGGGAAAUACGACUCUGCUGGAAAUGCUGCUAAAUUUAUUAGGUGACUGGAUUCUGCUGAAGACAGCUUCAUUAGAAACUGACAGGAAAUGAUAAAUAUCAAAGAGUGAAGCUCUAUACAGAAUUAGAAACAGGUUAGACAGCUGAACCCCACGCUGAAGAGAGUUAAUUAAGGCAUCUGAAUGGCUGUCAGGCACUUAACAGUGUCCUUUAUGUAACUUAAAAUGUGUAUCUUUUAACUGAGACUAAUACAGGCUAUAACUGUUAAGUUAUAGCUUUAAUUAAUUCACUAUUCAUUGAACACCAAGAAGAUUGACUGUAAAAGGUCUACAGGGGGUUUAAAUAAUGGGACAAUUCUAUCAUCACGAUCAACAGAAUAAUUUUUUAAGAAAAUUCAUCCGACUUCAAAAUGCUUGGAUGAGUAUCUCAAAUCAGGAUUAAAUAUGAUUUCUACGUAUUUCAGAAAUUUUCAAUUAUAAACUUGAGAAUAUUCUCCUUUAAGCAACUUUAGGGUGUGUAAACGUACUCUGGAAAAGAUUGUAUUAUCGCAUUGACUGUAGAAAUACCUGGCACAUUGUGACUCAGAAAUGAGCUGUUAUUGAUAGUUAUACUUUAAUAAUGUAAUCAAUGGUACAAGCAAAAUCCUUGUAUUCAACUAUUUAUAACAACUAUGACAUUUAUGACAACUAUAUUUAUGACAACUAUGAUGUUUAUGACAACAUAUGUUUUCAAAUGAAUCCCUUAAUCACAGAAGUUCAUUUUUCAGCUUACUAGUUUGGCUUAAUUAGGAAAUCAACAAGUUUUGUUUUUCUUGGCACCUGCAUCACUUAAUUGAAUCACCUGGUUGUGCAACAUCAUCCAUUAAUAUGUAAAGCAAUGAUCAACUUCUUCUCUGAAAGGACAAGGCCAUUUUUCAUCAAAUCUGACAUGGAACAUCGUUUGGAGUCACCGGGAUUAAAUGAUUAUGGAUGAUAUUAUAGUCAAGUAAUAUUUUCUUCCUGGUUGAUGUUUUAAAGGGUACAAGGGUUUUCCUGGAAGUUUCUACUGAAAUGAAUUGUCAUCAUGUAAGUGAGCUUUUUUCUUCCUUGAUGCAAUCAGCAGAGAUUGAGGACAUCUGUCGGAGCUGCCUGUUGUGUUCUUUUGAUGAAUGGAAUGCUUGUCAGUGAUGGCGUUCUCCAUCGUUAGCCGCUGAAGGACAGAGAUCCUUAGGUAUCAUCAUUACAGUGAACAGGGUGACACUGAAUUUAUCAAUGUUUCUCACUAAAACAUUGACUCACAUAGCUUCGAUUUUCUCCCAUGUGCCUUUCACUUUUUAAGCAUUACUAGUUGUCAUGGUGAUUUAUUUAUAAUCUUGCAUUGCUUUUAGUGAUAUGAAUAAGUAGUUCAAAACUAAAAGCUGGUUACCUGUAAUGAAUGAUGCAGGUAAUUAACUGGGUUGUACAAGUUUUUAAUUAAAGGUCAUGGUGAGUUGUUUUGUCUCUAGAGUACAGCAUAGUGGUAUCGCACCUAAUUAGUGUCUGUCCUAUGGAUAUUGUGGUUGAAAAUUAAAGAUAUGAUACCAUUACAAAAUUACCUGGUAAUGUUUAGAAAUUGUUAAUCCAGUGACUUCUUGUUAAAAUGUAAUAAAUUGUUCUGUUUGAUUUCAUUUUGAUGAGAAUUCACUUCAUUACAGAAGCGUUAAAGAUGAAUAGGGUGGUACCUCUGAAAGUGCCAGUGAAAGAUGUCAAACCAAAGGAGGAAAAGGAGGAGAAAACAUCAAAAAAAUCGGAGGAGCUGAAAACGCCGUCUGCAGAAGCUGACAAACCUCUCCAGAAAGGCUCCGGGGAAUCCCCUCGGACACAUGCUUUAUUCCUAAGUUCUGACCAUCAGAAGUCCAUAAGUAUCAAAAUCAGCGAGUUCCUCCACCCCAACGCUCCCGACAUCUCAUCAUCUGAGCAACUGAUUCAGCCUGCAAAGGUUAAGCCUGUGAUUGGCACAGCGAACCCCUCAUUCUCCAUAGAGAAUGCCAGCGACACCAGCUCCUCGCCACAGAACUCUGUUAAGGUUUUCACCUUUGAGGAGAGUGACAUCGAGGAGUAUGAUAAAACAAGGAGGAGGGUUGUUAAAGACAAGGACAGAGAGGGCAAGUCCUCAGAGGAAGGAGGAAGAGGAGACAGGGUCAUCUCUGUACAGCCGGCUAAAACUGUCCUCACUCCCGGCAGCAAGAACUCAGACGGAGGGGGACAACUCCAUGUACCUAGGCUCUCCGAAUUGCGUCGCCCCAGUGAGCCUACCUACUUAAUCAGUGAGACUGACUUGUUAAACCAAUUCUCCCCAGCGGCUCCUAAUGGAAAUACUGAUGCCUUCCUUUACAAUUCUGCUACAGAUGUUAAACUGCCACCAGCUACCCCUAGUUACUAUGGAAACUCCAAGUUUGACCUUCAACCUCCGCCCAGCCCUGGUCUGCUUAGCAUUAACUCAGCCUGGAGUGAACUUGCCAAAUUGCAGUCACGGAGAUCAUCUUAUGGAGAUUUUUCAGACACAAGAGAGAACAUAAUUUGUCCAUCUGUCUUCUCCCACACCGUUUUCAAGUGUGGAGUUGUAAGCUGGAAUAAUGCUGUCCUUUGGUCACCAUGGGAUGAGAGUGGUUCCCAUUCACUUGGGGUCAAAAGUCCAAGACCAUGCAAACACAAAAGUAACAGUUUGUCCAAUGUUAGCAGUACCCUUAGUCAGUACCUCCAUGACUUGGUGCGGGCGUUCUCCAGCCGGACGGAGAAGAUCAAAGAAAACACUGUCCAGCCCCCUACCCCCUCCUCCCUGUCAGAAGUGGACGCCAUAUCAGAAGCUAAUUCAGCCAUUUCUGUGGCAGACGAUGAUGCUGCUAGAAAGAAUAAAAUUCACAACUUUUACCCCGACCACCUGAAGCUUGAAAGUGAUGGUCUGCCCACGGAGGCGGAGCUGGACAAGUUUUAUAUGGACUGGGGUUGCUGCAAGGCCCGCUUUCCUACCUGCUGCAGGUCUCUACAGUUCCCCUCCAUCUUAGAACCUCAAAGUAAGAUUUACAUGUGUUGGCUGGCCCUAGUCACUCUCUGCUUUACAUACAAUGUGUCGGUGAUUCCGCUGCGAGGAGUAUUUCCGUACCAGACGAACAGUAACCUGACAUACUGGUUGAUCUGUGACUAUCUCAGUGAUUUUGUGUAUCUAUUGGAUAUUCUUGUUUUCAAACCAAGACUGACAUACCUCAACAGUGGACUAUUGGAGGCAAACCAGAGGCUAACAAGGAAGAACUACAUGAAGAAAAGCAUGUUUAAGUUUGAUGUUUUAUCUUUGAUGCCGUUGGAUUUCUUCUAUUUUCGAGUUGGAGUUGUUCCCUGGUUAAGAUUUCCGAGAUAUUUUAAAAUUCAAACCUACUGGGAGUUUUUUGAGCGCUGUGACCAAGCUGUAAGAUCAGCUCAUAUUCUCAGAAUUAUAAAAACAAUGAUCUACAUGUUGUUCCUGAUUCACGUGGAGACCUGUGGGUAUUAUGCUAUGUCCGCGUACGAAGGAAUUGGUUCCAACAGAUGGGUCUAUAAUGGUGUAGGCAAUGCGUAUAUUCGCUGCUUUUAUCUGGCAACAAAGACGGCGACGUCCAUCGGAAACAACCCUCAGCCAACCAAUGUCCUGGAGUACGUCUUCAUGACUGUGUACUGGGUCUCCGGGGUGUUUGUUUUUGCGCUUCUGAUUGGUCAGAUCAGGGACAUAGUGGAUGCUGCUGGCAGAGUUAAGGCCCUUUACAACAAGAGAAUGGAUGCAGCCAUUUGGUAUGUCAAGAACCUGAACCUGCCAAAGGAGACACAGGAGAAAGUCAGAACCUGGUUCAUCUAUAACUGGCAGCAACAGAAGAUCCUAGAUGAGAAAGGACUUAUGGACACCUUGCCUAAGAAUCUGAGAACUGAUCUAGCCAUCCAUGUCCACUUCAACACUUUAAGUAAAGUUAAACUGUUCCAAGACUGUGACAAGACCCUGCUGUUUGACCUGGUUUUAAAAUUGAAACCCAUACUUUACCUACCAGGGGACUAUGUCUGCAGAAAGGGGGAAGUUGGCAAAGAGAUGUACAUUGUCAGUCAAGGGCAAGUGGAUGUGGUGGGCGGACCUGACAACUCCAUCGUCUUGGCAACCCUUAAAGAGGGGAGUGUUUUUGGUGAAAUCAGUUUGCUGGCUUUGAGUGGAGGGGAAGGCAACAGAAGAACAGCAGACGUUAUCUGUAAGGGCUUCACCAACCUCUUCAUUCUUUCUAAGGGUGACUUUGAGGCAGCCAUGUCGGAGUAUCCGGAGGCUCACAGGCACAUGAAAAAGAGGGCCAAAAAGUUACUGCGACAAAAUGCUAAAUUGGCCAAAGAAAGUGUGGAGUCGCUUCAGAGUUCUCGGGUAGAUGAGAUCAUCAAGUCUUCUUCAGCUGUCAGCCGAACACCUAAAAUGGUCCAGACCGUCAUGCAGAUGAUGGAUCCUGAAUCCGUGGUGAUGAAGAAACUUUGCCACAAGUCACAUGGCAGCGACACAAUGUUAAAGGAGAGUGAGAUCAUGGGAGGAAGGCUGCCUACUGACCAGGAAGUGGAGGAUUUCUAUAAUGAAAUGUUGAGUGUGGAGGUACUUAAUCCCACUACCGCCGAGGACGCCACAAAAAGGGAGAGCACUAAACUCAGUAAGGAGGACACCCUAACCACCGAACAGAGUGAGGAGUCGGCUGAUUCAGGGGUACAGCUAAUGAAAGUUAGCAGUCCGCUAGCCAGCACAACCAAUACCAUGAGUAACAAGGAAAGUAAAGAAUCUGUGAUCACGACAGAAAUCUCGACAGAGCUAGCCGACAUACUGGAAGAGACCCGGAGCUGGGUGGAGCAGCAGACCCUCCACACACAGAUGAUCAGUGAUGGGGGCUACUUGGCCGAGUUCUUUGAGGACAAUAUCACAAAUGAUCCGGAAAAGGAAAAUACUGAACUUCAUCCAGAGCUUAAGAUUGAGAAGAAAGAUGUCAAUUUGGAAAGUACUGAUAAUUUGUUGAGUAAAAUUGAGGAGGAACAACAUGGUGACACUGAGAAUAAUGAAGAGAAGGCUGAGGAAAUUGUUUUGAAUCAGAAGGAAAAUGGUGAUGUAAGAGUAAGUGAUGACAAGGAAGUAGAGGGUAAAAAUGAUGUAGAGCUGAACAAAGGAGGGGAGUGGAAAGAUGAGGAAGUUAAAACAUUUGAUCAUGGUGAAAAAGAAGUUGAGAAAUCUGAUCAAAGUGAAAAGAAAGUUGACACACAAGACAGAACUUUAAAAAGUGAGGGAGAGGUCAAUGUUCCCACCGUAGUGACGACACAAGAGAAUAUGAUAGUCCCCGAGCCUAAACGAUUCGUGAGUAUGGAAACCAAGAGCAGAUCACUUUCCAUUAAGAGUGCGAGUUCAUUAACUGAGAGCGAGAUGAUGGAUGGCGAGUCCAAGAGAAACGCCAUGCAGGAAUCCAAACGCGUCAUGUCCGAACCCGCUAAUCUGGGUCUAAACAGAAUUCCCUCCAAGAAUCGAAUUACGUGUGCUGUGGAGGUUCACCGAGAGAAAAGCAUCACCCCCACAUCUGUUACAGAAUGGCAGGACGUCGGAGCUGUGGAGCUACAAAAGCAGGGCAGUGCUGCGUCUUCUCCACGCGAACUUCAUUAUUUUGAAUCAAGUGUGUAAAAAUAUUAUAGGUGUACUUUUAAAUCCAUCAGUUCUUUAUUUGUUGUACAGAUAUUUAUUAUUUACAUGUGUAUAUGACCAUCCACAAAACCAAUAAUGUAUUUAAAAUGUUCAUGUCAAAUUAUAUAUGAAUUACUGUGGUGUAUUGUAUAUUGGCUUGCCAGGAUUAAUGUCCAUAGAGCUAUUGUCAUGACCCCAGCUUAUACUUAUCGUAUGCAUUUUAAGCUGGCUUAUGCAUAUUCAUGAAGGCAGACCUCAUAGUAAAAACAUUUGAAGCGAUCUACAGAACAGCAAUUUCCAAGAGAGAUUAAAUAUACAAGUGAUCAUUAUAAGUGUUUUCAUUCAUAACUUUGUUGUACCAUCUUAACCAAAUCAAUAUACCCAGAAUUUGUGUACACCAAAUGUUUAUUGUUACAAAAUGCAUUAAAGAUUGGAGAAAGACUGA